UAAUGGGUUAGUUACAGUCUAGAACAGUCAACGGAACGGUCGCAAAAUGUGCUGCGAUUGCUGUGGAGUGACCCAGCAGAAGGUCUGGGUCUUUGGCAUUGGUGCGAUUUUCGCAAUAUCCGGUCUUUUGUUUGUCAUCUGGUGGCCCGGUUUCAUAGACAACAUGAUAAUGGAGAGUUUGCCGUUGACGCCCACUUCGAAAACCUAUGACAAAUGGAUUGAGAUACCAAUACCCAUGUAUAUGCGCAUGUAUCUAUGGAACUGGACAAAUGCUGAAGAUGUCAAACUAAAUGGAGCUAAACCCAAUUUCAAGCAGUGUGGACCAUAUGUUUACAGAGAGGAACGCACGAAAAUGGAUCUGGAGUUUAAUGAGAAUAAAACUGUGACUUUUAAGCAACGUCGCACUUGGUACUGGGAGGAAGAACUUUCGGGUGGCAAACAAGACGAUAUGCUUACGCUGCCACAUCUGCCCUCGAUUGCUGCCUCAAUUAGCAUGCGCAACAGUCCCAAGUUGAUCAAGAUGUUUUUCAACGCAGCACUGAACGAAAAUGGCGGUGCACUCUAUGUUACACAUACGGCCAAUGAAUGGCUCUUCGAGGGGUUCUACGAUGAGUUUCUGCACUAUGCCAUGAGUUUGAAUAAUCCGCUUGCACCGCCCAUUGAAACGGACCACUUCGCUUGGUUUCUCAAUCGCAAUGAAUCGAAGGAAUUUGAGGGCGUAUUUACCAUACAUUCGGGGGUGGGAGAUCUUAAGGAAAUGGGUGAAAUUAAGUUCUGGAAUGGUAAAAAUCAUACGGGCUUUUAUGAUGGCGAAUGUGGUCGCCUUAAUGGCAGCACCUCGGAUCUGUUUGUGCCCAAUGAGCCAAAGGAGAAGCCGUUGACCCUUUAUAUCACCGACACCUGUCGCAUUAUCAAUUUGGAAUUUUCGGGCCAGAGCUAUGAGAUUGAGGGCAUACAGGGCUGGAAAUAUGAGAUUACACCGCAUACCUUUGACAAUGGGCAGCGCAACGGGAACAUGAAGUGUUAUUGCUCUGCGGAGAAACAGGCGGCCAACAAUUGCCCCGCCUCGGGUGCCACAGAUCUCGGUCCUUGUGCCGAUGAUGUGCCAAUGUAUUUGUCGGCGGACCAUUUCAUGUAUGCUGAUGAGAGUUAUGCCAACACAAUCACUGGCACCGAGCCCAACUAUGAACGUGACAAUUUCUUCAUCAUCAUGGAACGGAAAUUGGGCGUGCCGCUGCAAGUGAAUGCCGCCGUUAUGAUCUCAUUGUUCAUUGAGGAGGACACGGACAUUGACAUACUGAAAGGAUUGCCCAGCUUUUAUGCUCCGCUUUUCUCCUCCACAAGUCAAGCUGUCAUCAACAAGGAGCUGGCCUCCGAGCUAAAGCUUGCACUGAAUCUGCCUGCAAUUGGACGUUGGACAGGAGUGGGAUUCCUUUGCGUGGGCUGCAUCCUCAUCAUUGUGGGCAUUGUGCUGACAAUCAAGCGCAAAUGGCGUGGCCAGGCGGCAGCUGAUAGAGCGGCGCUUAUCAACAAGGACUUGGGUUCGACAAGCAACACGCCAGAUUAAUGCUAUCAGUAAGAUAGUUGGUAUUCAUAUUAGAGACUAUUCUAGUGGAAUACUUUUCAUAUUGUG